GAAGCAGGGUGGAUUCCACUACGUAUUGACACGAGAAGAGUUGGCUGGCCAUCUUUGAAUGACGAUCAUCUCCACCCAUCGAUACCCUCCAGCUUCUCAAACCUCCAGCGCCAACGUCAGUUCACUCAUACCUCCACUGAAUCAUCAAGAUGACCUUCCAUUACUCUGCCGAAGACAUUCGCGUCGAUGACGGACACAUUCUCCGCGCUCGUCUCCAGCGCGCAGAUGGCGAGUACAACGAUGCUGAGCUCGAUCUGAACAAUCACAUUGGCAACGACAACGGCAGCUUUGUCUGGGACGGCGAAGGCUUCUCCGGCUCAGCUGAGAACGUUCACUUCUCCAUCGAAGGUGAUGGCGAGGUCCCCGUCCUUCGCGCCACUCUUUUUGACGGUGAUGGCAAUGGCACUGAGCGCGACCUCAAUUUGGGGGAGCGUGUCAGCAACAACGAUGGCAACUUUGAGUAUAACUAGCAUUUUCAUAGCUUCCAUGCGAAAACUUAAUAAAAGGAUUAAACGUUCAGGUUACUCGCUCGAGUAGCAAUUCCCAAUCUAUUGUCUC